AACCGAUUGUUACCCAUUCGCUACUCGAGAUGAAACCCUUUACCUGCAUUCUGGUGAUCCUUGCCGCCAUCCUGUCCGUUGGUCAGGCCUCGCUCGGUGGUCUUCUUGGAGGCGGCGGCGGUGGCGGCGGUGGCUCCAUUGGCGGAGGUGCUGGCGGCAUUGGACAGCUGCUGCAAAGCAAGUUGGGCAGUCUCGGCGGUGGAUUGGGCGGCGGCCUGGGCGGUCUGAGCGGUGGCUUUGGAGGAAAGCUCGGAGGUGGAGGCGGUGGCGGCGGUGGUGGUGGCUACUCUGGUGGCUACUCCAACGGCGGUGGCUACUCUGGCGGCGGUGGAUACUCCGGCGGUGGUGGAUACUCCGGCGGUGGCGGAUACUCUGCCCCAGCUCCCAGGCCCGUUGAGAAGGUGGUCAUCGUGAAGGUCAUCAGCGAAGGCUACUCUGGCGGUCAAUCUGGAGGCUACUCCGGUGGCUACUCUGGCGCUCAGUCUGGCGGUUACUCCGGCGGCUACUCUGGUGGUUACUCCGGUGGUGCUCAGUCUGGCGGCUGGAACAAGGGCUGGUAAAGAUUGGCUAACCCAAGGACCAACCACAAAUAGUUCAAACUGCCAAAACGAAAAGGCCAAGCAGCUUAGAAUUUAGUAUUUUUUAAAUAUUUUUUUUUUAGAGGUAUUUGUUUGUUAGAAUUUAUGCAAUAAUAUACAAGAAAAGAAUUUCCAUUUUUAA